CCUGUGGCUCAGCGGUUAACGUCACCGACCGCCGUUCCAGACGUCCCGAGUUCGAGGCCAAGACAGCCAGGCUUCUCUCCGCUCGCGACUCCUGCAGUCCCACGGAAUAACCACUACCUGCAAUGCUGCCGCUUCAUCUGCUCAUGAUGGGAGGGGUGCUGCUGAUGGGCUCCCUUGAUUGUGGAGAGCUGAAGAGCUUACCCGCUCACCAGUGCCUGCCGGACAGAAACGAUUUCCGACGUCCCUGGAAGAAAGGAGCUGUCUCCCGGGAGGAGUGGCAGGAAGCCACCUGUUGCUACCCCGAGGUGCGCAGGCAGGUCCUCCACCUCUUCGGCUCAGAGGCCAGCAGAGACGCCUGGCCACAGCUACUCACUAAUAUGCACAGUGACCACCUGCAAGACACUCAACAGGGGCCGGCGCAAACCUGUCCGCCACCUUUCCCCACAGACAUCCGCAAGUACUUCGAAAGGAUCUCCAGCUACCUGAAGGCCAAGGGAUACAGCCCUUGCUCCUGGGAGAUCGUCACGACAGAAAUACAAGCGGCGCUUUCCGGGUUCCCAGGGUCACACGAAAGGAGCCAAGAUUGAUGGAGAGGGAUCUCCACUGAGAUGACAGCGGACUCCCUGCCUCGACUCACAGCCCAGGCAUUAGACGA